AUGGCUAGAAAAGAAAAGACUGGCUCGAGAGAGUCACCAGCUCAAGUUCAAGCUUCUUCUCCCAAGACUACAGCACCCAGGACCGUGAGCAACAUAAAAGAACCUUCAGAAAGAGAAAAGAAGAAACAGAACUUCAUUGUCCGAACAGUAUGGACUCUUGUUAUGAUUGUAUUCUUUGUUGCUAUUCUUGGAGCUGGUCACAUAUGGGUCAUUGCUCUGGUGGGAUUAAUACAAAUCCUUACAUUUAAGGAAGUUAUCAACCUUUCUAGUGAACCAGCAAGAGAAAAAAGAUUGCCUUGGGGAAGAAAGUUGAACUGGUACUUCCUGGCUACAACCAUCUACUUUUUGGAGGGAGAGAAUUUGAUUUAUUAUUUCAAGAAUGUCGUUUUGGUCGAUUCUCUGCUACUUCCAUUAGCCAUUCACCACCGAUUCUUGUCCUACUGUCUGUACAUCAUUGGAUUUGUGUACUUUGUGUACUCAUUAGAAAAGGGUCACUACAAGUUCCAAUUCACACAAUUCUGCAUCACCCACAUGACAUUGUUCUUAGUUGUCAUUCAAGCCCAUUUCAUUGUCAAUAAUAUUUUCGCUGGAUUGUUCUGGUUCAUGGUGCCAGCAGCUUUAGUCAUUUGUAACGAUAUCUUUGCUUAUUUGUGUGGAAUCACUUUUGGAAGAACUCCUCUGAUUGCCAUUUCUCCUAAGAAGACCGUUGAGGGUUUUGUAGGCGCCUGGAUCUGUACCAUUGUUUUUGGAGUCAUUCUCAGCCACGUCCUUAUCCAAUACAGCUACAUUAUCUGUCCCAUGGAGGAUCUUGGCCAGAGUGUUUUCAACCAUCCUCAAUGUACUCCCGACCCAGUAUUCCUUGCACAGAUUUACCGUGUGCCACCAUUCCUACAGACCAUCAUCAACAAAGAGACGAUUGAGCUUGCUCCUAUUCACAUUCACGUCAUGUUCCUUGCCACGUUUGCUUCGCUUAUCGCUCCUUUUGGCGGUUUCUUUGCAUCGGGUCUGAAACGAACCUUCCAAGUCAAGGACUUUGGUGAUACCAUUCCCGGCCACGGAGGUAUUACCGACCGUAUGGAUUGUCAGUUCCUGAUGGGAUUCUUCUCGUACCUAUACUACGAGUCAUUUGUAUCCAACCACCAUCUGAGUGUGACGUCGAUUUUACAGCUGGCCAUCACCAGUCUGAGCACCGAGGAGCAAAUCCAGCUCGUGGUCGCUCUUGAGAAGUAUCUUCACAGCCGAGGCGUCGCUGACAGCCGGAUUCUCGAGAGUCUUGCUACAUAG